UGAUUCACAAAUGUACCUGGAAAGAGUUGCCUCGAACAGCCAGAAAAAAACUAAGACUCUAAGUGACACGCACUACAUUCCAGGUUAAAGUGUGUAUUUAUGAAACUGAAAGUUUUUUGUUGUUUCAUUCGUGAAAUCAGGCAUCAUUAAUGAAUGGUCCCUCCAUUGUCCCUCGACCUAAAAGUUUUAUUGAUACUGAGGAUAGUGAAGAGUUACUUCCGUUAGUGAUGAAAACAAUGAAUCGUCCUUAGAGAUUUUUUAUUUCUUAUUUAUCAUUAUGAUUAUCUAGAUAGAUCUAGAUCAAUUUCUAGAGAUUUACAUCUUUAAGAAUGAAUAGCAUACAUUAAAUCAGAUAUUCUUAGUUCUAGGAUUUAAAGCUUGUUUAAAUAACAAUGAAGAUGUAUCUGCUCUUUACUUUAAUCAGCCUGGUUUGGAUUAACCUAAUUGAGAUUGUUGCAUCUGGGGGCAAUGCUUUACUUGAUGUAAGCUCGGCUGAUAAGGUUGAAACCUUCUGCAUUAACUACAAUUCUCAGUACCAGAGCUUGCCUGCCUCCUCUGCGGAUGCCGUUGCCCAUGUCCUGUCUGACUUGUCACGGUCUGAAGGAUGCACAUUGCAGGACUUCCCACCAUCACAACAGGUCAAAGGUACCACAGUGGCUCUCAUUCGUGGAAACUGUACUUUCAUUCAGAAAGCCAGUAUGGUUGAGUCCCUACAGGGCUACAGUGCUCUGAUCGUGGAUAACAAAAACUCCACCAGAACGCCAGUGCCUGGUGGCAAUGCUUCAGACUACAAGUCCAUCAAUAUUACCGUGUCGACUAUCUCCUGGGCUGACUACAACGAAGUCCUUCUUCAUAAGCAGCCUGUGUCUGUCAAGCUUUAUGCUCCAACCCAACCCUUCUGGGAUGCUAACAUGUUUGUGAUUGUCAUUUUCUCCACCGUUUUUGUCAUGCUAGGUGCCGGGUGGGCAGCUGUGUCAGAGAAAUACUCGUAUAAAAGACUGCGAAGAAGAGUCUCCAAUUCAAACUCUUCAAAUCUUGAAUCACCAGUUCAGGCCAGCUCUCAGGAGCAGCAGUUUACUGUUUGGAUGGUUGUCAUAUGGUUUGCCGUUAUAUGUGCAGUUAUCAUCUUGCUGUAUUUUUUUUAUGAUGUGAUGGUGUAUUUUUUUAUAGCCAUGUUCUGUUUAGCUGGAUCCUACAGUUUGUACCAGUGUUUGCUCCCAGUGUGGUCCCACAUAGUGCCACUAUCCUAUGACAUACCUUUAAACAGGUUCCCAUGUAUUAAAAUGAAGGUCAAACUAAGGAGUUUUCUGCUAUAUAUGCCAUGUUUAACUUUGGCAAUAUUUUGGGCCAUUGAACGCCAUUCUUCAUAUGCCUGGGUGAUCCAAGAUUUGCUGGGAGCUUCAUUUUGUAUUUUCUUUAUUCAAAACCUUCGACUACCUAACCUGAAGGUGAUAGCUGUUCUUCUGAUUUUACUUCUCCUGUAUGAUGUCUUUUUUGUUUUCAUUACUCCGUUGAUAACAAAGGAUGGAGACAGUAUAAUGGAGUCUGUGGCAACAGGAGGAUCUAGUCAUUCUAAAGAAUCUCUGCCAAUGGUAUUUCUGAUUCCACUUCUCGGUGACAGCCCUCUGACCAAGUGCAGGGAUCGCUCCUAUUCCCUACUGGGUUUUGGGGACAUAAUCAUUCCAGGACUUUUGGUCUCCUACAAUGCUGUGUUUGAUAUCAGGUCUGGUUCAAGGAUGGUGUACUAUGUCUUAUCAUCUGUGGCUUACCUUUGUGGCAUGAUCAUCUGUAUGAUAUCUCUUGUGUUUAUGAACUCUGGGCAACCUGCGCUCCUUUACCUGGUACCAUGCACCUUGAUUACCACUGUGGUAAUAGCACUCAUUAGGGGAGAGCUCCGGAAGCUAAUAUUUGGCUCGCAGACUCAGACUGACCUGCAGAACCCUGUGGAGUCGAACAUUAAAGAUGCUGAAGAGAUAGAUACUAACAAUGACAGUUUAGAUGAGCAGCAAACAUUGAUCUCCCCUUAAAAGAGUUGAAUAAUAUUAAUACUAUUAGGAAACUUGGGUAGUCUUGAUUUAUCAUUUAUCAAUCACAUUCAAGCUUUCAAACCCUUUUUUUUUUCUUUAAAUUUUGGGAUAUUCAGGACAGGAGUUUUGACACUGGAUUGAAUGGACUUUCAAUUAUGAAAUAUUUAAAUCCAAAAGAUUUUUGUAUUUGUUACUAUAAUGCUAUAAUUAAUUGUUAAUGUUAUGAUCAUAUUUAUUUUAAACAUUGGUUCCUUUAUAAAAUACAAGGUCUAGUUAAUUAUAGUGUUGUUUUUUUUUAGGUUCAAUUCUAGUCCCAAACUUCUAAGAACAUCAAAUCGCAAACUCACUUCCCCUGCUCUAAAUUCACAUGUACUACUUGCAUAGGCUGGAACUAAAUUUCCAUAAAAUUUUUUUGUUUCUUUUCCAAUUCAAGUUCAACUAGGGUUACCACGUGUAUUUCUGGAAGAGACUUUUUGGUAUAAUUUAUUAUUUGCACAAACAUAUGUGGGCAACUACAUGCACAUUUUUUUUUUUUCAGAUAAUAUUUUGUGAGAAAAAUGUCACUGUUUAAGUUAUUUGUGUUUCUUCUCCUGUGCACAGAUCUAUCAAAAGACUCUUUUUAACUUGAGCUUUGUGCCCGAGUAUCCAAAAGAAAAACAAUAGCCUAUCUUGAGAAACUGUAAAUUGCAUGUUUCUUUUAAACAGUCCAUUGUUCAUGAUGUUAUGAAAGUUAUUUUUACUUUUCUGCUAUUUAUGUGUGAAUUUACCUUUAAACCAGAAGAUAUGAAGGGAUGAAUUCCAUAGAUAGAAAAAAGAAAAAGCAAUUGCAGUAAAGAACAGCGUGAAAGCUAGACAUUUUCACACGUUUUGUCAAAGCCUGCUGGUUGAAGGAAAAGGACCCAAAAGCAGGGCAUGUCUUCUUUUUGGUGGUAACCCUAAAUUGAACAGUUAAGUUUUAAUGAGGUUCAUCUCUCAUUUUUUGUAAAUUAAUACAUUAAUAAUAAAUUAAUACAUUUUAAAACAUUAACAUUCCAUAAAUAGGUCAAUGUUGAUUUUGGUUAUGUUCUACUUUUCUUUGUUAGCUUUUUCUUUAGUUCUUUAGAUAAUGGAUUUGUAAAAAAUAUUAAAAAGAAAAAAAAAGACCAAUGUUAUUCAAUGAAAGUUUCAAAUAGUUUCAGUUUUAUUGUAUGCUCUUUUAUUUAGUCAAUAGUUGCAUUUUCCCCCUUUAGUUGCCAUGAGUUACAGUUUGACUGAGCUGAUCUGAUUUUCAGAGUUUCCUAAUGGUCUAUAUAAAUUGAGUUUAGUCACUAGUUCAACAAAAAAUAGCUAUUAAGUUUCAUGUGUUUAUUUUACAACCAAGGAUGACCAUAGUAGCAUACCCAGGUGGAAUCUUAUCUUACAAAAACAAAUGCAAAUACAGGGGCACUAAGACAGCCUAUAUCAUAAUUCACACCUCCUUUAAAAAAAAUAUAUAUAUCUACAACUUGUGCUAUAUAACAAAGAGACUAGUUUUCACAUUGUCUGAUAAUUAUGGCUUAUCAGUUUUCCUCUAGAUUGCCCAUACAUUUAGUGCCAACAAGGCAGAAAUUAGCCCCAAAUAACCCUUGCUCUUAUAGGAAAAAUUAGACACCACAGCCAUUUUUUGGGCUCAUAAGAAAUGAGAUUGUGUUUGGACCACAAAGUGGAAGCUUGUAUGCUGGUCCUGUUCUGAUCUGUCUUAACAUCCUGAGUAUUCCUGAGUCUACUCAGUUUUUAAAGUUAUCCGAUGUCUGCUGCUAGUUUUUAAAGUUAUCCCACAUCUGCUGCUGAGAGUUGUCUCUGUAUAAGUCUUGCAAAUAUAUAAACAUUAUAAAUAUGUGAUAUUUUUAACUACUAAAAUUAUACACCUUACUGCAGAGUGGUUAUAAAUGUUGUCAUUCUCAUGGUAUCCAGGGCUAUGCUACUUGAUCAUCUUGACAUCCUUAUUUCAAUUGCAUUCUGCCCACAGGCAAGACACAAUUACUAGAUGUAUUCUAAGCCUGUAACAAAUACUGUUUCAUGUUGAACUAUUGUAUAAAGCUUAAUAAUUGGAAAUCUGCCACAAGUAGACAAAGUAUAUUAUUUUCUACAAGGCCUGUCAACAAUAUAUAAUGAUUGAAUAUUUUAAAUAUAUGUAUAUAAAUUUUCAUUGAUUGAUCUGUAUGAGAAUUUCGCUUUCUUACAGUGUACUUAUGUAUGUGCUUAUUUGUUUGGUAUUAUUUGCUAUUUUAUUAUUUAAAAUAAGAUCGCCAGUACAUCUAUGUUACAACUUGAAUUAGUACUACUUUUUUUUUUAAAGAGUUUUCUUUUUUUUUUAUAUAUAUUUUUUGUAUUCCUGGUAAUUGUGAAGUUAAGUCUCACAAAUUAACUGAACACCUAUACUCUUGUGCUAAGUAUUAGUGUAACUAUCACCAUCAUUUCGCUUGAUUGAUUAACUGAGGCUAUGGCAGUACUUUCAUUGAGUUAACUAUUGCUGUUCUUUUACUUGAUCUAUUAACUGAAAAUGUUUUUAAUUCAUAUUUUUUUAUAUUCUCAAGUUGUUAAUAUCUGCCCACAGAAAAGUGAGUCUGAAAAAUCAUUUUAGUCUUUAAAUUAUUUUAAAAGAGAUUUCAAUUAUUUUGAAAAUGUUAAAAAAAAAUUCUAAUCAAUUGAAUUAUUUUAAGCCCUUGAAUUUAUAUAUUAGAAUUAAUUUUAAUUAUUUGUUACAAACAUUUUAUUUUGAACAUUUAAAAAAGAUUAAUCGACAUUAUAUGACUCUUUCUGUCUUGGAAGAGAAUGCAUGCGCCCCAGCGAGCCACUGCUCUCAGUUUCUUCUUGAGACUGGGCAGAAUCUGGUGUGACUAAUCUAGCCAAUUCCCAAUCAGCAAAGUUGGCCACAGUUUGUACAUGCAAUUUUGGGCUAGCUGAUAGAACAGCUUUCUUUCUCUUGACUAAGGCUGUUUUGUUUCUUUUGCUCUCAGUAAGGUUCGUACCAGCAUGCACUGUCUGUCUUCAAGGUGUCUGAUCUUGAGUUAAUUCCUCCCACUCUCCCACAUACUUUCAUUGAUGUCUGUUGUUCUCAUGUACUGCUUGCAGACAUCUCUGUAAGUUAGUCUUAGGAGGCCCUUAAGUCUAACUACCUCUGCAAGCUCAGCAUAGAGGAUGUUUUUAGUAAUUUCAUUUUGAAUAUAUUAUCAACAUGAUUAGUUGACAAUUCACUCACUAAAUGGAAACAAAAAUAUCUUGCCACAUUUCAUUUGUCAGGUAUCAUUAAAUAUCCUUCACUGGUUAAACUUCUGACACAGGUACAUGUAAACAAACUAGUAGGUGGAAAUAGUUUGAUCUAAUUCUUGUUUUUGCUAAAAAUGUCUAAUUAACCCCCCAAAAAAUGUGUAUUCAUUUGUUUUUUAUUUACAUUCUUUGCAACAGUUUGUUUUAUAUAAACUAUAACCAAAACUACACAUAGAACCACAUUGAGUACUUCAUUUCCAUGUUUAAAUUGUCUUAGGAUUUGAAACUUUAAAUGUCCAGAUUCUUUUUUUUUAGUAGACUUACAGUUCAUUAGCUCAUGUUUUUUUUGUUUUUUUUUAAAAUUCAAAGUUGUUAUGCAUAACUUGUAGUCUUUGAUUUUUGGGGGAUUUUUUUUAGUUUUUUUUUGUUUGAGUUGGCGUCAAAUAAUUAAACUAGGAUUGAAUCACAAUGGUCAGGGUUGUAUUUCAUAACUUUGUUAUUUUUUGUUUUGUUUUUAUUGUUUUCAGUAUCAUAGUAUAAUUUUUGUUGAUAUUGUCAAUAAAAUUGUAUUAAAAGUAAUUGUAUUCGCAA